UUCAAGAUGGAGGACGAGUUGAAGAAAGCCGAACACCUUUCACACAAAGAUCCCGAGCGGGCAAUGGAACUUUUAUCAUCUAUAGUUAAAAGAGAUGUCGAUCCCAGUGACGAGGAUGAUUUGAAAACUAAAGAGCAGGCUAUUUUACAACUUGGUGGUCUUCUGGCAAAGAGUGGUCGUGCAGCUGAACUGGAAGGACUUGUAAAAUUUAUCCAGCCCUUCAUGCUUCUCAUUUCGAAAGCAAAAGCUGCAAAAAUGGUCCGUGAACUUUUGGAUCUAUUUCUUGAUAUGGAGGUAUCGACCGGCACUGAGGUUCAACUAUGCAUGGAAUGUAUUGAGUGGGCGAGAAGUGAAAAAAGAGUAUUCUUGCGGCAGGCAUUGGAGUCAAGACUUGUUGGUUUGUAUUAUGGCGUAAAGGAUUACCCAAAAGCAUUGUCUCUCGGAUCGAAACUACUGAAAGAAUUGAAGAAGCUCGAUGAUAAAAUGUUACUGGUCGAAGUCCAACUUCUGGAAAGCAAAAUAUACCAUACGUUAAAGAAUAUACCUAAGUCAAGAGCAGCUCUCACCUCGGCCAGGACGACGGCCAACGCCAUAUACUGCCCGCCGAAGUUACAGGCAUCAUUGGAUAUGCAAUCAGGAAUACUUCAUGCAGAAGAGAAAGAUUUCAAAACAGCAUAUUCCUACUUUUUCGAGGCUUUCGAGGGAUACGAUUCGUUGGAGAAUUCCAAAGCGCCGUCUGCUUUAAAAUACAUGCUGCUCUGCAAAAUCAUGUUGAAUAGCCCUGAAGAUGUUCAAUCAAUAAUCAGUGGAAAACUUGGUUUGAAGUAUUCGGGUCCACCAUUGCAGGCAAUGAAGAAAAUUGCAGAUGCCAGCCAUCAGCGUUCCCUAUUAGAAUUCAAAAAGAUCUUAGCGACUUAUGAGAAUGAACUGCAAGGCGACCCGAUCAUCCAAGCGCAUCUUGAUACGUUGUACGACAACCUUCUCGAACAGAAUCUUUGCCGAAUUGUAGAGCCGUUUUCAAAAGUUGAGGUUGAUCACGUGUCCCAUCUUAUAAAGUUGGAAAAGAAUGUUGUCGAAAAGAAACUGUCGCAAAUGAUUUUGGACAAGAAACUUAACGGUAUUCUAGACCAAGGUUCUGGCGUGUUAAUCAUCUUCGAUGAAUCGCCCAUCGACAACACAUACGAAAAUAGUUUGGAGAUUAUUCAAAGCAUGAGCAAAGUCAUGGAUGCUUUGUACCACAAGAGCAAGAAGUUGUCGUGAACAUCUAAACACUUUAAACGUUUUUAAAGUUGAUAAAUAGAUCAAUCGUUGUUUAUCGUGUCCUGAAUGAAAGAACUUUCGCAUUUAAA